UUUUUGGUUUGUUUCUUGUCUCUGUAAUGUACAUGUGGGUCUACUGGAGAGACUUAAUAAUAAACAGGUCAGGCUGAGCUGAGUGGUGGGUAUGGAACCUGGCAGUAUGGAACCUGGCGGUAUGGAACCUGGCGGUGUGGAACCUGGCGGUGUGGAACCUGGCGGUGUGGAACCUGGCGGUGUGGAACCUGGCAGUAUGGAACCUGGCAGUAAGGAACCUGGCGGUGUGGAACCGGGGAGUAUGGAACCUAGCAGUAUGGAACCUGGCGGUGUGGAACCGGGGAGUAUGGAACCCGGCAGUAUGGAACCGGGAAGUGUGGAACCUGGCAGUGUGGAACCUGCCAGUAUGGAACCCGGCAGUAUGGAACCUGGGUGUGUGGAACCGUCCAGAGGUGUGGAACCGUCCAGAGGUGUGGAACCCGCCAGUGUUGACAGUCUGAAGGUUCUGUAUCAGAGCUGUGACUACAUCAUAGUGGAUAAGCACUGGGACAUCCGCAUCGACAGCAAGAUGUGGUACGAGAAACACACUGUCCAGAAACAGCUGGGACUCCGCUUCCCUGAGCUGGCCGACCCUGGGACGUACUAUGGAUUCAGGUUCUGUCACCAACUGACUACACCACCAGUAGUUCUGUGUGGUUCAACAAGGCUGCUGCUGGCCACCACUGUUUUAAAGACUGCAGAGCUACUAGCUUUACCUAGCACUG